AUGAGCCGAAUACCAAAUACGGCACAGGCCUCAUUCUACAAAACACCUGACAUUCAACAUCAUCAACUUUCCCACCAAACAUCUCCCUACAAUCAUAUAUACUCAUCAUCAAACUCUUUUGCCUAUAAACCUACUUCAAUUCCUCCUAUUGAUGCACCAGCUGAGAAGCCGGUUGUCCUACCAGUUAAUAAGCUAUCGCCACCUGCAUCUCCUGCCUCUGACCCUCCCUUCUUGGCCGCUAUGAACCCUGGUAGUAGCAAACAAUCACUUAAACGAAAGCUGUCUGAUGAAGAAGAGGGUAAAAGGUUAAGGAGCAGAGUCUCAAGUGCUGGCAGUAACGGACGAGAACAUGAAAUGGCAUCGUAUAUUAUGCCUAGCCAAUCUCCAAUACCUCCACCGAUACCUCCUGCCACUUCGUACUUCGACGGUGCAUCGACGCAAUACACCUUCCCAUCAGAUCUGCCAGUAGCAUUAGCAGAUGAAUAUCUUCGAUUUAGUCCUCUGCACAAUCCUCAGACGGAUUCAUUGCUAGAUCCAACAGAAUGGCAAAACUGGGAAGAUUUUUUAACGAAACUGAUGGUAGAUGAUACACCACAGCAACAAGCACCUUCGCCAGAAAAAGCUGUAACAGAUGCUAAUAAACCAACUGGUGCUGGACAACCAAUAUCUUCUGCAUCGUCGUCAGCACUAUCAUCGUCAUAUAACGCUGCACCAUUUAGCAAUCCCCUAGUUAGCAAUAGUAUACCACCUUCAGUACCAACUGGACCGUUACCAUUACAUGAUACUCAACCAUUAAUGUAUGGUUAUCCUCAGACACCACACCAGCAACAUUUACCGCUUCAAUUAAGCCAAGGUCGUCCACACAAUUUUCAACCAUCACCAUUACUACCUAUGCCUAGUAGCUUCCCACCAGCACCAGCUCCUCCACCGCCUACAGUUGUCGAUACCAAGAGUAGUGUAAAUAUGAAUCGCAGGGCAUCUUUAGAAGGAGAAAUAAUGGCUGCUCAACAAUUAUCAAACCUAGCUCAACAUGCACAACAAGAUUCGCUUUAUGGUCGCAAUGCAGUAGUGAACAAUAGACCCGCACCGCCAGUAGUUGACAGGGAUCAGUUAGAAAAACCUAACAAGCAUCUAGUAGGACCACAACCACGUGAUAAGAGAAAGGAAUAUAAUCCUGUUGGAGCAUCUAUGCAAGAUAUCUCAUCAUCAUCAGCUGGUAAACGAUUAUCAAAUCCAUCCAUAAACGGUAUAAAUAACAGUAGUAGUAGUAGUGGUCUUGGUAGUGGUGGUAAUAGUAGUGUUAUAAGUGGUAAGCCAUCGUCUCCUGCAGCUCUGGCACAUAGUAUUGGAUCACCUGCCGCUAUACUAUCAGUCAAAGAACCAGAACAACAACCAACACCGUCACCUGUGUCUGUAAAGAUUGAAACAACCCGUCCCAAACGAGCUUCAGCUAAGAAACGACCUCGGGUAGCAACUCGUCGACCAGUAUCUUCCGAUGAAGAAGAAGAGGAAGAAGAGGCGGACGAAGAAGAACCAGAGCCAGAAGAGGACGAUGAUGAUGACGAUGCUUUUGAAGCUCGACCUAAAAGUAGAAGGCAAUCUCGUAGUAAGAAGGCUAGUGCUGCUGCUCGUCCAGCUUCCAGAAACAGACGUGGUAAACGUGCUGUAUCUCAGACUAGCUCUGGAUUAGCUACACCCAAUAAUACCAACCAUACCAACUACAACAAUGAAGGUGACAAUAGCAAUAGUAUCAGCACUCCCAACAACACCACCACUGCAGCAGAUCAAGCAGGCUCUGAAGAAGCCUCUGGUAGUGAAUCCGUCCAAGUAAAGAGUGAAAACAAUGAUGGACCAGUCAACCCACGAGGACGUGGAGGACGUAACAGCCAGAGUGCGGCCAGCAAAAGACGAUCAGGUCGAGACUUGCUAACCGAAGAUGAGAAACGAGCAAACCAUAUCGCAUCAGAACAGAAACGACGAGAUUUAUUACGAAAUGGAUUUGCAUCACUUGUUGAUCUGGUGCCUGGAUUGAAGGGAGGAGCAGGUGGUAGUUCCAAGAGUUUGAUAUUGGAACGUACUGUUGAGUUUAUUAGGAAUCUAGAGGCUAGAAAUGAGGAGUUGGUUGAUGUUGUUGCAAGUUUGGAACGGAGGGUCGGUGAACAGUCAAAGUAG